AUGGCCGUGCAAGAGUCUCUAGCCAACCGACGCAGGAGUGCACUUCUUCAGACAGCUGAGAAACGUCAAAGCCUCAAGAAGAAGAAGUUCGAGCUCGUCGACGAGCGAACGGUGAUGACAGCACUGAAGGACGAGAACGGCCAGCUGAAGACGUCAAGGAACGAGAUGGAGCGCCUGACGGUCGACUUCUACACGAAACUCUUUUCGAAGCGACGUUCCCGUCCCCAGAACACCAACGCCGCCACCAGAAGAUGAACCCCCGAUCCUUCCCGAAGAAGUCAAGUACGCCAUCAGGAAGCUGAAGGUCGGAGCGGCCGCAGGACCCGACAACAUCUCAUCCGAACUGCUGAAGGCUGGAGGAGACUCGCUGUACCGACUACUUGCCCGGCACUUCUCCAAGUACCUGAGCGAAGCCUCUAUUCCUGAACAAUGGAAAACAUCCAAGACGAUCCUCAUUCCGAAGAAGGGCGACCUCACCGACCUGAACAACUUCAGACCGAUCUCCCUCUUAUCGGUCGUCUACAAGUUGUUCACCAAGGUCAUCGUCAACAGACUAGAGAAGCAACUCGACAACUUCCAACCGCCCUCGCAGGCUGGCUUCCGACGCAACUACUCUUGCCUCGACCACAUCCACGCCUUGACCCAGGUGGUGGAACGGCACCGGGAGCACCAGAUGCCACUUGCGUUGGCCUUCGUCGACUACUACAAGGCCUUCGACAGCGUGGAGAUCAACGCCGUCUUGAAUGCUCUUGCCUCCGCCGGAGUCGCCACGAAGUACGUCGAGCUGAUCGCCAACAGCAACGAGGGAACGUCCACGACCAUCCAGCUGUUCGACAAGAAGCUUUCGAUCCCCAUCAGGAAAGGUGUUCGCCAGGGAGAUACCAUCUCCCCAAGUUGUUCUCCACGGCACUAGAAGACGCGAUGCGCCAACUUGGAUGGGACGAAGAGCACGACUGGGAAGACAGUACAGACAUCAGAGGCAUCAACAUCGACGGCAAGGUCCUCACAAACCUCCGCUUCGCCGACGACAUCGUACUCUUCUCAAGCUCCACCACCGAACUGUCCUCCAUGCUGAACGAUCUGGACGAAGUCGGCAAGAAGAUCGGCCUUAAGAUGAACGUCAAGAAGACGCAGUGGAUGAAGAACCGCUUCUGCGACCAAGGCAAAGUCACCCUUGAGGGCCGCGACCUUCAGGAGGUCACAUCCUACAUCUACCUUGGCCGGGAAGUAAACAUGGUGAACGACCUGCAAGCAGAGAUCGGCAGACGCAAACGCGCUGGAUGGGCCGCCUUCAACUCCAUCAAAGAAGUCACCAGUCAGCUGAAAGACCCGAAACUGCGAGCUCACAUCUUCGAAGCGUCGAUAAUCCCUGCCAUCUCCUACGGUACCGAAGUUUGGCCUGACACGAAGAAAAAAAUGCAACCGCCCUACGAACUUCCUACCGCGCACUGGAACGUGCUCUCAUCGGCACCACUCGCUUCGAGCAGUGGAAAAAAGAACAGAGGAGCACAGACCUCCGUCAACUAUCCCAAAUCCGGGAUCUAGAAGAGCACAUACAACGCGGGAAACAUCGCUGGGGCGGCCACGUCAUCCGCAGACAAGACGACCGCUGGUCCACGAGAUUAACACACUGGAUUCCGAGAAACAUCAAGCGCCCACUCGGGCGCCCACCGACCAGAUGGACGGACUACUUCCGCAAGAACAUCAGUCAGCCAGGCCGCCACUGGAUGACCGUCGCGCAAGACCGAGCCGCCUGGAGAACGUGUGGUCCACGCUGAGAACAUCAGCGAAGAUGGACCAUCAAAGUAUCAAAGUAAGUAAAGUAAUCAUUGAUCUCAAUGAUUGUCUAUGAAAUCCACCGUUCUGUGAUCCAGAACCAUUAUAGCUCGGAUUUCUUUACAGUUCGUCGAAAUGAGCUCAUGGAGGAGGUCGAAAGCAACUCGACUCUUCUAUGUUUGAACCCUCACUCGUUUGGUGAAACAGGUUCUUUUUUCCCGAUGAUCUCCCAGCAUGAGGUUGUGAACACUCGUGAUAAUCGAGAAACCAUCAGGGUUCGUGCUCGGAUCAAAUAGUUGACCAGGACGGAGGGUAACUCGUUCUUCCUCUAAUGGCUCGGGAGCUUUAGUUAGGGACCGCAGACGAAUUUUCAAAAAAAUUUUUUCAGCAUUGAGCUUUGUAUGGUUUGAUAGCUGUUUCGAUUCAAAACUCAGAACCGUUUAGUUUUUCGAAAAAGAUUGAGGAUGAAAAAAGUUAUGACGAAAAAUGUGGCGCGCCGCGCACCAUUUUUUUAGUACUGAAAUUUUGGUAUUAUCCAUUUUUUUGACAUUUUUUUCUCGAUUUUUUUCUUCCAGAACAAGUUUUUGAUACUGGUCUAUUAUGAUGUAACAAAUCAUAAUAGAGUGCUAAAAAUAAUGCUAAUCAGCUAGUUUGCCGAAAAAGUCGGUAUUUUCCAGAAAACAAAAAACUGGCGCUUGCGGGCAUCGAACUCGCGACCUCAAAAUGAAAAAUCGCAGCGCACGCGCUGCGCCAAGCUGUUAGGUCUGGCGAGGGGAGCUUCCAUCCGCCUUACCCUUUGAGCCGUUUGAAUAGCACAGAUUGCCUAUUUCAAAAAAAGAAAAAAACUAGAAGUAAUGAAGCUAUUUUUUUAUCAGAAUAUGUUCGCAAAUCUUUACUCAAACUUUUCGUGGAAAUUCACUUCGAAAAAACUAUUUUUUUAGUGCUUUUUGCCUCGUUUAACGAUCGCUGCAUUAAAACGGCCCCGUAAAUUUUUUUGGCAAAGACGAAUUUUUUAUUUUAUUCUUUUAAUUGAAAGAUUUUUUACUAAUAAAUGUAUAUAAUCGUUUAAAAAACCUGCGUUCGACCGCUUUCGGUGUGAUAAACGCCGCUAAUUUUAUUAUCUAGUUUCAAGAGCAUUUUCGCCUAUCAAACAACUUUUUCAAGCACAUAUGCUGUGGAGAACAAUUUAAGUAAGCCCAUGGUCUAAAUUUUGAAAAAACAAAAACUCGAUUAUAUUCGCUUAUUAACGAUAUUUUGAAUUAUCACAUUCGGCACUCCCUAAAAUUUUUGGCAAAGACGAAUUUUUUAUUUUAUUAUUUUAAAGUUACCGUUACUUGAAUCAAAAUCAUUAUAUAAAAAAAGAAAGAAUGCGUUCGACCUAAAAACACAUGAAAAAGCAAAAAACGACAAAAUUUUUUAGUUCCAUUCACGUUUUUGUACGACAUUCCGCGCGAACGCAUCAAAAAAGCGUGAAAUAUUUUUCAAACGAAAGAGGAAGCUUUUUUGUACAUGUGUGCCAAAAUUUAUUAUCCAGUUCCACAUAUUUUGCAACUACAGCAAAAUGAAAGUUGAACACCAAAAAAAAGCCACUUUUUCUAUCGCGAAAAGGGGCGUGGCUUUGCGGUCCCUAGCUUUAGUCUUUGCGUUUUGCUCUGGGACAUUUCAUCUGUCCCAAAAGGAUAAUGGAUCUCCUUCUGGCCAGGAGUUCCUUGUAUUGCCAAUUUAAUCGAUAGAAGACGGGAAUCGACAGCGAUUUCGUUGACUAUUCAAUUGGAACUAACUUGUUCCCUAUCGAGACGUUUGAGGUCUGUCAGUGGUGAUGUACCGACUGACGUUCAGGGAAAAGGUCUUUUCCUCCGUCCUGAACUUCAAUAUCUCGGAAUAGUUCGAUUCAAUCUAUUCUAUGUUGGCUUUAUUUCCACAAUUAGGAAAAUUUUUUCCUCUUGGCGAGGUCGAGUGCUCGAAGCUUUCUCGUGCGUCGCGACUUUGCUUUAGUGCGAUUUCCUGUCAACACGCUCCGCUUCUCUUGUUCGAGAAAAAAUCCUUUCUUAUGGAUCGUAUUGAAAUGAUUGACUUCUCUGAGGUAUUUCGCUCCUAUCUUCUAAUGAAGAACGUUUAGAAAAACAAACGGAGCUUUCAGAAAUUCGAUAGAUAUCGUAUCUUCCUCCUGCUCUAGGAACUGGCAAAGUAGCUUCUCUUUCCGCUACUGUGUUCGCCAGGUUCAAGGAAUCUAUCGUCUUUGACGACGAACCGCGUCGUGAUUCUCUCGGUUAUAGAGCUUAUGCCAUACUCUCCUCUAUGCCUCAUUUUGGAUUAUCUCCAAAUCGACUAAAAUCAGUCGGCAUCAUCCUUCUGUUCAGGAACUGGAGAUACCGCUCUCUUUGUUGCGAGCGCGUAUGUAUCUCCUGGAGUUGGCAGCCCAGUUAUGAACCUGGCUUAUCAUCAGCAUAUUUUACUGCUUUCCAGCAUACCUCUGUGCUUCAUUGCGGAUACUUCUGCCUUGUAUGUUAUCCUCUUUCCUCAUGGAAUGUGGGUUCUGAUGACCGCUUCUCACUCAGCGAGGAUCGCAAUGAAACUCCUCUGA